CACCCAUCUGAGUUCUGCCACCAGAGCUCUGGGCUGAAUGGCUUAUAGCUCAGCCAAUCGUAGCAGCUGGGGAUGCUUAAAAAGAGCUGGCGCGGAGAGAAGCUGGGAAGAACUCACAGAGAGACCCACAGACACAUAGACACGGGAGAGAGAAAAGGAGAAAGAGACAAAGGCACGGCGGAAGGAGGCAGAGAGAGAGGACAGGAAUUGAAGCGAAGCCAGAGAGAGUCUGAGAGAGCAGAGGGAGAAGCCAGAGAAGCUGCAGAAGACACAAGCAGGGAGAAACAGACCCAGGAGAAGGAGGGUGUGGGAGGAGAGUGUGGAGGAACCAGACCACUAGGCACUUCUCCUAAGCCUAAGGGCCAAGUUUUCUCCAACUCCUCUGAAGGUCCCCGGGCCCUCUGAAAACUCUGCCUCUGACCCUGGCAUGAGUCUGAGCCCCCAGGCUGCAGAGAGGAGCUUUUCGAAGCCGGGACAGGGAGGACUUGGUGCCCAGAUGGCUUCAGUCCCUCCCAGCUACAGCAUCAGUGCCAUGUCCCACAUGGACUCGCAUCCCGGGAGGGGCUUGGCGGACGGCUGGCUGUGGGGAAUCCAACCCCGCCUGCUGCUCCCCACUGUGCCCUUCUCCGUCUCCAGGCUAGUGUGGCUGCUGCUGCUAGCCUCCCUCCUGCCCUCAGCCUGGCCGGCCAGCCCCCUCCCCCGGGAGGAGGAGAUCGUGUUUCCAGAGAAGCUCAACGGCAGCGUCCUGCCUGGUUUGGGCGCCCCUGCCAGGCUGUUGUACCGCUUGCCAGCCUUUGGGGAGACACUGCUGCUAGAGCUGGAGAAGGACCCCGGCGUGCAGGUUGAGGGGCUGACGGUGCAAUACUUGGGCCGAGCGCCUGAGCUGCUAGGUGGGGCGGAGCCAGGCACCUACCUCACCGGCACCAUCAACGGAGAUCCGGAGUCGGUGGCAUCUCUGCACUGGGACGGGGGAGCACUUUUAGGGGUGCUGCAGUACCGAGGGACUGAACUCCACAUCCAGCCCCUGGAGGGAGGUGCGCCUAACUCCGCUGGGGGGCCUGGGGCUCACAUCCUACGCCGGAAGAGUCCUGUCAGCGGCCAGGGCCCCAUGUGCAACGUCAAGGCUCCUCCUGGGAAACCCAGCCCCAGCCCCCGAAGGGCUAAGCGCUUUGCCUCACUGAGCAGAUUUGUGGAGACUCUGGUGGUGGCAGAUGACAAGAUGGCGGCAUUCCACGGUGCAGGGCUCAAGCGCUACCUGCUGACAGUCAUGGCGGCGGCGGCCAAGGCCUUCAAGCACCCGAGCAUCCGCAACCCCGUCAGCUUGGUGGUGACUCGGCUAGUGGUUCUGGGGCCAGGUGAGGAAGGGCCCCAAGUGGGCCCCAGUGCCGCCCAGACCCUGCGCAGCUUCUGUGCCUGGCAACGAGGACUCAACACCCCUGACGACGCGGACCCUGGCCACUUUGACACAGCCAUUCUGUUUACCCGGCAGGACCUGUGCGGAGUUUCUACCUGUGACACUCUAGGCAUGGCUGACGUGGGCACCGUGUGUGACCCCGCCCGGAGCUGCGCCAUCGUGGAGGAUGAUGGGCUGCAGUCAGCUUUCACCGCAGCUCAUGAACUGGGCCAUGUCUUCAGCAUGCUCCAUGACAACUCGAAGCAAUGCACUGGUCUGAAUGGGCCUGAGAGCACCUCCCGCCACGUCAUGGCCCCUGUGAUGGCUCACGUGGAUCCCGAGGAGCCCUGGUCCCCCUGCAGCGCCCGCUUCAUCACUGACUUCCUGGACAAUGGCUUCGGGCACUGUCUCCUAGACAAGCCGGAGGCUCCUCUGCAUCUGCCCAUGACCUUCCCCGGCAAGGACUACGAUGCUGACCGCCAGUGCCAGCUGACCUUUGGGCCUGACUCGCGCCAUUGUCCACAGCUGCCGCCGCCCUGUGCUGCCCUCUGGUGCUCUGGCCAUCUGAAUGGCCAUGCCAUGUGCCAGACCAAGCACUCACCCUGGGCCGAUGGUACCCCUUGCGGGCCCGCACAGGCUUGUAUGGGUGGCCGUUGCCUCCAUGUGGACCAGCUCCAGGCUUUCAAUGUCCCACAGGCUGGUGGCUGGGGUCCCUGGGGAUCGUGGGGUGACUGCUCUCGGAGCUGUGGGGGGGGUGUCCAGUUCUCUUCCCGGGACUGCACACGGCCCGUCCCCCGGAAUGGUGGCAAGUACUGUGAGGGCCGCCGUACCCGCUUCCGUUCCUGCAACACCCAGGACUGCCCAACUGGCUCAGCACUGACCUUCCGUGAAGAGCAGUGUGCUGCCUACAACCACCGCACUGACCUCUUCAAGAACUUCCCCGGGCCCAUGGACUGGGUUCCUCGCUACACUGGUGUGGCCCCCCGGGACCAGUGCAAACUCACCUGCCAGACCCGGGCACUGGGCUACUAUUACGUGCUGGACCCACGGGUGGCAGAUGGGACCCCCUGUUCCCCGGACAGCUCCUCAGUCUGUGUCCAGGGCCGCUGCAUCCAUGCCGGCUGUGACCGCGUCAUUGGCUCCAAAAAGAAGUUCGACAAGUGUAUGGUGUGUGGUGGGGAUGGUUCCAGCUGCAGCAAGCAGUCUGGCUCCUUCAAAAAAUUCAGGUACGGAUACAACAACGUGGUCACCAUCCCCGCUGGGGCCACCCACAUCCUGGUGCGACAUCAGGGGAGCCCUAGCGUCCGGAGCCUCUACCUGGCCCUGAAGCUCGCCGAUGGCUCCUAUGCCCUCAACGGUGAAUACACGCUGAUUCCGUCCCCUACAGACGUGGUACUGCCCGGGGCAGUCAGCCUGCGCUACAGCGGGGCCACUGCAGCCUCGGAGACACUGUCAGGACACGGGCCCCUGGCUGAGCCCUUAACGCUGCAGGUCCUAGUGGCUGGCAACCCGCAGAACGCCCGCCUCAGAUACAGCUUCUUCGUGCCGCGACCGCGACCGGCCCCCUCCACGCCACGCCCCACUCCCCAGGACUGGCUGCGCCGCAAGGCACAGAUUCUGGAGAUCCUCCGGCGGCGCUCCUGGGCCGGCAGGAAAUAACCUCACCAUCCCGGCUGCCCUUUCUGGGCACCGGGGCCUCGGACUUAGUUUGGGUGAACGAGAGACCUCUGCAGCAGCCUCACCCCGAGACACCGUGGGGGAGGGGCUUAGUGAGCCCCGCCUCUCCUCCCCGCGCUACCGAGCAGGCUGGCCCUGCCGGGGUUUCCUGCCCUGGAUGGCUGGUGGAUGGAAGGGGCUGGGAGAUUGUCCCCUAUCUAAACUGCCCCCUCUGCCCUGCUGGUCACAGGAGGGAGGGGGAAGGCAGGGUGGGCCCCAGUUGUAUUUAUUUCGUAUUUAUUCACUUUUAUUUAGCACCAGGGAUGGGGAUGAGGGUCAGGGUCCUGGGGAAACUGAUCCCCUGCCUUCCUAGCUCUCACCCUGUCUAGGAAAUCCAGGGUGGUGGUGAUAGGUGUACGUGAUCUGUGUGUGUUUGUGUGUGACAAAGUGUGUGUGUGUGUGUGUGUGUGUGUGUGUGUGUGUGUGGUUCAUCCUGCCCAGCUUUCCUCUCCUUGAAUUUUAUUUUCUCGGAAAGGAAGAGUCAAGGGUAGGAUAGGCCUUCAGGGAGUAAGGGAUUAUCAUAUUUUUUAAAUAUAAAUUGAGUUCUGCUAUUUAUGUGCUCCUUUUGGAGUCAGACAGAUGUGGGUUGCACCCUGAUUCCACAUCUCUGAACGUUAGUUUCCUCAUUUGAUGAUAAUAAUACCUCCUUUGUAAAUUUGUUAUAAGGAUUAAAUACUGUAAAUAAAGAACUAGCAUAAUGCCUAGCACUCAGUAAGUGCUCAACAAAUGUCAA